AUGCCGAUGAAGUAUAAAUCCAGAAGGUAUACCGUUGGUAUUUCCGUGCUUGUAUUUUGGAUAAUAGUGAUGUUAUAUUAUUUGCAAUGGUAUAUAGCCCAACCACAAUUUGAAAUUGCAACUCAAUCAGUAUACAUUUCGGAAUCUGUUGUUCUCGAAAAUUUAGGAGCUUGGGAAAGGACAAAUGUUGUUAAAUAUUUGAAGAAAUUAUAUUCCAAAGAUAAUGAAGCUGGUCUGGACAAGUAUUCUAGUAUUUAUGAUCAAAUAUUCAGUCGUCAUGAGUUUACUUCCAUUCUUGCCAAUUUAGAUUUUGAUCAAAGGUGUGAAUUAUACUUUAAAAAAUUGUUUGAAGGGAAUCUUAAUUGGUUUCUUGAUCCUUCCGUUGAUUUGGAUAUUCAUUUUGAUAGGGCCGAAUAUCGAGAAUUUAAAACUAAUCACAAGGAAACUUUGGAAAAAGAAUUCUAUGAAGGCAAUGUCAUUUCGGAAGGAAAUGACCAGUUUGAGGAGUUUGUCAAAUCAAAAUUCCAGGAAUACAAAUCACCACAGCAGGAGCAAACAAUGGUGGAUUAUAUAUCUACAUUGAGAAUAUUCAACAAGUGUUAUGUUGCUGAUACUCGAGUGCAUUCUCAGUUUAUUCAGGAACAAAAACAAAAGGUAUCCAAGCUUGCAAAAGAUUCGGGUAUGGUUAUAUCUUCCGAAAUUAAGCAGGUACAAAAGCCUUACAGUUUAUCAUCAUUUGAACAAAGAAUAUACCCUUGGCUUUCUUUUGAAUACCCUAUUUAUGAACAUUGGAGUGGAAUCAGAUAUUAUCAACCACCGGAUUUAACCAAACCAAUCAUACAGCAAAAGUCCAAUUCUAGAAAGCGAGACAGAACAAAAUCAAACAAUUUUUUGCAGGAAUUUAAACAGCUAUGUAAUGGCAAAGGAAUAGUACUAACUAUUCCAGAAUCAAGUGUGGAUACGGCAGUAAGAUUAAUUCACUUAUUACGGGCAUUAAACAAUAAACUACCCAUACAAAUUCUCUAUUAUGAGGAAUUAUCUUUUGCGGCCAAACAAAAGUUAGUUGAGGCUGCAAGGAAUGAUUGGUAUAUAUUACCGAAAUCUUACGAAAAUGUCAAGAGCUAUCUCGGCGCAAAUUAUAUAAACAAUCGUGAUCGAGGGUUGCCUAAGCAAGAAGUCUGGUUUGUUAAUAUCUAUGGUACAAUUGAUAGGUUUUACAGGGAUAAAUUUAAAUCCUACUCGAAUAAGUUAUUAGCCACGAUUUUCAACUCAUUUAAUGAAUUUUUGUUAAUUGAUGAUGAUACAGUAUUUUUAGAAAACCCAGAAUUCUUUUUCCAAUUAGAAGGAUAUCAAAGAACUGGAGCAUAUUUUUAUAAAGAUAGAACAUGUCCCGCAACCAGACCGAUUGAAGACGGGACUUUCUUUAAAACAUUGGGUCCGUCCUUGGUUGACUCAAUUGUAUUUGACAUCCCCACGAUGACCAAAUAUACUACUCAAAGAGAAUUCUUUCGUGGAUUACGUCACUACAUGGAAUCAGGAUUGGUUGUGUUAAACCGAGACAGACACUUUAGCUCGAUAUUAAUGAUGGCUCAAAUAAACCUUUUAAAACCAGCAAGUUCAAAGCUAUGGGGCGACAAAGAGAUGUUUUGGUUGGGGUUUGCCAUUAAUGGAGAUGAGGAAUAUGUUUUUAAUGAUUACUUUGCAGCUGCUGUUGGUGAACUAACGGGAAUAGACGACCGACAACGACCUAAUGGAACCCCACACCAUUCCAAAGAAAUCUGUUCUUCUCAUCCUGGUCAUAUUAGUGAAGAUGGUAGAACGUUACUUUGGUUCAAUUCAGGAUUCAGAUUUUGCAAUAAAGCAGACACCGUUGACUUUGACAACGAGAUUAAGAAACAGCAACGGUUUAAGAAUUUUCAUGCUGGUGAUGCAUUGAAAGCGUUUUAUUAUGACCCUGUUCGUAUUUCCCACGCAAUCAUUCCUCCAGUUACUGAAGAUUUUACCGCAAGGAAAAACAAUCAAGAUGAGCCAGGAAAAGGUUGGUAUAGGAUGAGCAGCUAUUGUUCUGGGUAUUUAUGGUGUGCAUAUUCUAGCGUCGGUGGUCGUACCAACUCGGGAGACGAUAAUACGAUAGAGGGUAAAAUCAUUACUUUUUCGAAACAGGAACGAGAUUUGUUUACCUAUUAUGGUGAUAUUUGGACAGGAGUAGAGUAG